AUGGAUUCCUAUGAUGGUCACACAUCCCCUGGCAGGGGUCGUGAGAGUGAUGAUUUUCGUCGCCGUUCACCUGGUGCUUCCCAAGACCGCCGUCGUGGUGGUACCGGGCGCGGCCGCUCGCGGUCACCGCCUAUGAUCGAUCGAUACGAACCCACGGAUCGUACCAGGACUAGAGACGAAUACUACGGGGCCGGUCGCGACUUCACUUCUAGGGAGCGCGAUGACCGACGUAGACCACCUUCCCCUGCUGCUGCGAACAUUGAUCGAUACGUUCCUGGUCAAGAUGCUGGAAAACGCGUAAUACCAACAAAUCCUCUUCCGAAUCCUAUGUCACUUGAUUUCCAGGUCGGGUUUACUUGGUUUGCUGAGUGGUGGAGGACUGAACAGAGCAUUAAGGAGGAAAAGGAACGCGCGAAACAUGGCGGCCGACACCCAUCGGAUCGUGUUAAGGGUGAAAAAGAAGCUCGCGAGGACCGAGACAAGGAGAGGGCUCAAAUUCAAGAAGCCUAUGAUUCGUACAAAGCAGAGCUGCAAAUUAAAAUGUCCCGAGCAUUUGUGAAGCAGCACCGGAGUGAGGAGUGGUUCAAAGAGCGAUAUGUUCCAGAAGUGAGAAAUCCGUUACGCCGGCGUUUAAUGGACUUCCGCCGAGGUACUUAUGACCAAUGGGAACGAGAUAUCGAUUCUGGGAUUUUCGAUGAUUUCACUUUAGAAGGUAUCUACAAAAGUGAGAGUGACGGGGCAGGCGGUGUCAUUGAAAAGGAAGAGGGGGAAGCUACAGCAGUUGGAGAGACGCUUGGCGUUUUGGAUCUUCUACCUGCACGAGGAGCAGAACUUCGGGAUGAAUCGCUGGCACAACCGGCCCUGCUGAUCAAAACAUUGGCUCCGAAUGUAAGCCGUGAUAAAAUUGAGGAAUUCUGCAAGGAACACCUUGGAGAACAAGAUGGAGGGUUUAAAUGCCUCAGUUUGAGCGAUCCUAAUCCGUCCAAAAAGUUUCACCGCAUGGGAUGGAUCAUGCUUCAUCCUGCAGCCGAGGAACCUGCAUUUGUUGAAAGGGGUGAUGGUCGUGAUGAGGAGGGUGAGGAAAUGGACACAGAAGUCGUUGCGAACGGGACAAGCAAUUAUACGUCAACAGCGAAUAAAGCCCUGGAAGCUAUCAAUGACAAGACUAUUCACGACCCAGUUCAUGGAGAUUUUGUCUGUCAUGUUGGCGUCCAUGUACCUCCUUCUCAACCGCGAAAGAAAGCUCUUUGGGAUCUUUUCUCUGCCCGGGAACGCGUCGAACGUGAUGUUGAGCUUGCAGGUCGUCUCGUCAGCAAAUUGGACUCAGAAAUGGGCGAAGUAGAUGGCUACGCUAAGAUCGAAGCGCGCGUGGAAGAUUUACAAUCAAGAGGUCUCCUGCAGCCAGCUGUGGGCGGCUUGGCUAGUACAAAGAAAGGACAAGAUGAUAUGGUGGAUGAAGGGGAGGCCGAAGAAGGCGAGGAAAUAGAAGUGGAGGAAGAAGUGGACGACGAGGAUCUUCUUGUGAAGAAAAAGAAGCUGGAUUUGAUGGUUGAAUAUCUUCGACGCGUGUAUAACUUUUGCUUUUUCUGUGUUUUUGAAAGUGACUCUGUUCACGAGCUGGUUAGAAAGUGUCCUGGUGGGCAUUUGCGUCGACCAAGGUCCGGUUUGACAAGCCAAGCCAAGCAAGUUGCUCAAGCCAGCGCUAUGGGUCAACCUUUUCCAGUGAAAAAGAAAGAACCAGUGGAGGAAGGUGAAGAGUUGUCGCCAGUUGAAGAGAGGCGACCACAGAAGCUGUCCAAAGCGGAACAGCAGUUGCAACGCGCUUUUAACUGGGUGAAGACUUUUGAGGACAAGUUGCUUCAGAUUCUGGAACCAGAAAAUGUCGAUCUUUUGAAAUUGGGAGGAAAGCCAGUUGAGGAAGCUUUGGAGGACGAAUUAUCCAAGUAUGUUAAGCAGGAAGAUGAGUCCAAAUUCCGCUGCAAAGUUCCAGAAUGCUCCAAAUUGUUCAAGGCCGACCACUUCUGGCGCAAACAUAUCGAGAAAAGACACGAUGAGUGGUAUGAGAAUAUCAAGACCGAGCUUUCACUCGUGAACGAAUAUGUUCUGGACCCCGCACACAUAGCACCUUCUCGCUCUGAUGCAAACAGCAACGGCCACUUCCCAAUCGCUGGCAACCAUAUAACCCCAGGUACGCCGCGUGGGUUCAACCUUGCAAACAUGCCACCCUACUUCAAUGGUAGUGGCGUCCCUGGCAAUUUCCAGGGCAUGCCUGGUGGCAACUUUCCAGGAUUCAUGGGCGUCAACCAAGCUGGAUUCAAUGGAAUGAUGUCCGGCGACGGAGCAGGCAUGCACCAUCCGACCGGCGCCAUACGUCGCGGCGGUGGACGAUACAACAGCCAUCGUUCAGGCCCAUACGACCGUCGCGGUGGCGGCGGCGGCCCUCGCGGCAACAGCGCAAACUACGGCCGGCUUAGCCCCGUUCGUGGCGUGUCUAACAUGUUUGGCCCUGGUGGUCGUUUACAAACCGGCGGCCAUUCGGUCGGCAUGCCAUAUAUACCACCCGGCCACCCCGCUGCAGCCAUGUUUGCCCAAGGUGGCCCUAGCGGUGGCACAUUCCCCGACGGUGGAAUCGGCCAACAAGCAAUGGGACCUCGGGAAGCGGUUCAAGGACGCAGCCUGAAGAGCUAUGAAGAUCUGGACGCUGUUGGGGGUUCUGGAGGCGGAGAGCUGAAUUAUUAG